UAGCGCUGGUCCAAGCAGUACAUACCAUGUGAAAGGACCUCUCAGUAGUAACGUAAACACAGCUUCCAUGCAGACCCGGGUCCCUGCGGGUCUGUCUGGCCUCUGCCGUGUCACCGACCACCUUUACCUCAGUAACGGAAGAGCUGCCGGUGACCCCUCCCAGGUGACCCGCUCCAACAUAACCUGCAUCAUCUGUGUCACUGAGACCAAGGGGGUGGGAUCCUCCGGGGUGGAAUACGUCCACAUCCCCGUCGCAGACUCCCCUCUGUCUGCUCUGAACUGUCACUUCGAUGAGGUUGCAGAUAAGAUCCGGUCCGUGUCGGAGGGUGGGGGACGCACACUGGUGCACUGUAACGCCGGUGUGAGCCGCUCCGCCGCCCUGUGCAUGGCCUACCUGGUGAAACACCGGGGGGUCAGUCUGCUGGAGGCGCACAGGUGGCUGAAGACCUGCCGGCCCAUGGUGAGGCCGAACAGCGGCUUCUGGAAGCAGCUGAUCCAGUAUGAGACGGAGCUCCGAGGGUGCGCGUCCGUCCACAUGGUGUCCUCAUCCAUGGGAGAAAUACCAGACAUUUAUGAAGCAGAGACCACAAACAUGACCCCUCUGUGACAGACUGCACUGGGUGGACUUUACAGGACCCUGAAGCACCGGGAGGUCACCUGGACACAUUUAGAAGAACUUCUAGCGUUGUUUCUUUUGCACAUGUUAAGUCCUGUUUACAUUUUCUGACCUGAAUAUGAGUUUGUUAGUGAAACACUGUGGGUGUCAAGGAAGUCAGUUACACAUCAACAAAAAGUAGAAAAAGGAUUUAUUUUUAGAAGCAGUACCAGAUCGAUUAUAUGUCAUACAUUUGUGUAAUGUUACAGGAAUAGGGCAGUUUUUGUUGCGUUUAGGUCUCAAUUCCUAGCAAAAUAAAAACCUCACUUAGAAGGACAGUAGAAGUGCUGUUCAUGAUGUCUUUUAGUUAUUUUUCAAUUUUGCAUCAAAUGUAGACAGACUGCCACAAAGCAUGACUGUGGUUAUUUUAAACAUCACAUUAAAACAGGUUUUAAACAAUAAAAAUAGAAGUUUAUCUCCUCUAAAAACAGCCUAUUUAUUUGUGUACAUGCAGAAAGGGCUCUCCAAACCCCAUAUUAUGAACACAGCACAUUAACAUGUCAUGUUU